CAGAGGCUGAAUUUACGGGAUUUCAAUCCGUUUAGUGCGUUCAAUCGCGGUGUUUAACGGUGUACGGUGCUAACGUAUACGCAAAUCCAAUAAUAUCUAUACUUUGAUUAAAAAUUCAAUUAUUUUCUUAUGGUGUGGUUGUUGUUGUCGGUUAUUUUUGUUUGUCUCAAAUAAGUUGCAGUGUUUUUUUUUUUAAUUAAUUAAUUUAUAAACUAUAAGAUUGUGACACUUUAAAGAUACUUUAUACGUAUGAAGAUACAAUCGAUUGACCUCGAGAAGUUGUGUUCGUGGUUGCAAUUUUGCCUAAGCCUAUCCUAUCGAGAACUUAUGUAAAACUACAGUUUUUAUUGUGCAUUGUGUAUACUGCCGUGAAAACGAAAACAAUUCCGUGAAAGUUUUUAUUAAUUUCGUCCAUAUCGUCCUUUUUGUUUGAACCAUUGUUUUGACACCCUGAUGCUCAAAAAAGGAUGUUGUUUUCAAUUAAUUUGAAUUAAUUGUGUUAAUUAACUCACACAACCUGUGAACUUAUACCUACAGUAGGUCUCCUUAUAUAGAUACGUACGUUUACCUACCAAGGAUUUUAUAUAUAGGCACCAAAACAAAAAAGGAUUUUUGUGAAAGUGAGACACCUAUCUUCAACAGCUACAUUGAUAUCAUCGUCAGCAUCAUAAGAGACAUACCUCAGCGGCCCCCUUGUUCUUGCUCAGUUCACCUGUCUGCACGAAUAUUCUGACGUAACUGUUUUUAAUUGUGCUUUUAGAUAAAAAUCGAUUUUUAUUUUGUCGGGCUUCAUUUUUUUUGUUGGUUUGUUUUUAAUUUAAUUUAAUUGCAUCGUCGACAUCGCAGCCCUCGAGGAUAUCACACUUGAAAAAAGCUUAGAAUGAUGGAAAAUAAUACAAUCGAUGGAUUUUAAUGGAUAUUUUUAAACUACAUACAACAUGGAAUCGAUAAAAUGGAAAUAUUUACUGAGCGUUUCUUUAAAAACAACUUUAAUCUUGUAACUAUUUUUUGAGACAACCGGAAGAAGAGAAUUUUCAAACUGUCUGCGAUAUCAGUAAGAAAUUUUUCGGCAAAUAUGCUGAAUAAUCUUGGUGCAUCCGGGCUGCCUGGUAAGUACGAAUGUCCCAAAGAUUGUGAUCUGCCGAAGGCUGCAUUAACUGCACUGCAUGGUGUAAAUAAUUUUGGCCAAGUGCAAAAUUCACAAAAUUCCGACUCGAAUGGUGGAUCAGGUGGAAGACUGCAUGUAUCUGGGGCAUUGUGCGAACCACAUAGUAUGCAUCAAGAUCAGAAUUCCGAUAAAUCAAAUAAACAAAAACGCCACCGGACACGUUUUACUCCAGCCCAAUUGAACGAGUUAGAACGAUGUUUUUCGAAAACCCACUAUCCGGAUAUUUUUAUGCGGGAAGAAAUAGCAAUGCGUAUUGGAUUAACCGAAUCACGAGUACAGGUUUGGUUUCAAAAUCGUCGAGCCAAAUGGAAGAAACGCAAGAAGACAACCAAUGUCUUUCGUACCCCCGGUGCUCUCUUGCCGUCCCACGGAUUACCGCCCUUCGGUGCCAACAUAACGAAUAUUGCAAUGAGCGAAGGGUUGUGUGGCUCAUCAAUGUUUGGCGGUGAUCGAUGGAGUGUCGGUGUCAAUCCCAUGACAGCUGGUUUUGGUCAACUAAAUCAAUCGUCCUCACUCACAUCUUCAUUAAAUAGUGGUCUUAAUUCGAGUAUUAACAUAGGUUCAGCAAUGGGUGCUGGAAGUUAUCAACAUUAUGGAUUAAAUGCAUUAGGUGACUCUAUGAUGUAUCAACAUUCCGUUGGCGGUGUAGGCUGUACUGGUAAUUCGCCUACUACGAGCACACCGCCAAAUAUAAAUUCUUGCUCAUCGGUAACACCACCCCUCUCCAAUCAACAGAAUGCUAGUCAAAACGAAGUCAAUGGCGACCAAAUGAACCAGCAACAACAGCAAGCUGCUCAACAACACCAGCAACAACAACAACAAUCUCACCAACAGCAGCAACAACAACAGCAACAACAACAACAACAGCAGCAACAUCAACCCCCAUCGCAACAAUCCCACAAUCAGGACACAAACAACCACCAUCACAUUGUAUCGAAUUGUCAAAGUCUUCAAUCACCGACAGAGGGCGAUGAGGAUGUCUGGCGAGGACAUAGCAUAGCAGCGCUCCGUCGACGGGCUUCUGAACUAAAUGCAUCUUCAAUACCUUCCUACUUGCAUCACGCAACACACAACCAAUACGAGCACCAUAAUUCGGUCUACUGAAAUUUGUUGAAAAGCUUUGAAAGCUUUUCGGAUUAUGGCAUAAACAAUAAUUGUGGAAAUCAUGAUUUCCUAUAAAAUUGAUGGGUUUUUGUGCAACAACCAACAUUUAAUAAAUUGUAUUAUUCUAAUUGCCACAUGAGGUGCAAGUGAAAGAAAACAAACAAAA